AUGGGACAGACACAUCCAAAGCCAGAAACACAUUCCAAACCCAAUAGUGAUAAAUCUAAAAAUUAUUUGUUCACUGAUCUGCCACCAGUUCCACGAACGUAUACUGAUGAUUUUUGGAGAAAUGGAAACGAUGCUUUCAGGUUUAGUGAACAUGAUAUUGAGGCACUUAACCAAUUUCGUCAGCUUGACCUUGAAUCACUAGAGUCAGAUGAUGAAAAGGAAUCAAAAAUUGAAAAACUUUGUGUGAAGUAUCCUUAUGCUUAUAUUCCAUUAGAUGUUGAUAAAGAUGGUUACGCGCGAGGAUUUAAUCUCUUUGAAUCAAUAACAACUGGUAAUUAUGGGGAAGUGUUUAAAGAAUAUGGAGAGACCUUAAUUCUUUGCAUUGGUAUAGAAGACUCUAAUGCAAUGAUAUACUUGGGUGGUAGUGGUAAAUUGUAG